UUUCUCUUCCCUCCCGGUUCUUGCCUCCGUCGCAAUGGCUCGCUUUGCUUUUCUCUCUCUGGCUUUACUCUCGGUUCAGGCCCUGAUCGGCAGCUCUCUUGCCGCUGAUACCGCGGAUAAGGUCGAUGAAUCUUUCGAAGUCCCCAAGCUGGCUGUUACAGCCCACGCUGAGUUCCCUGCGUCUGAGAUCUUCGGUGUAAAGCUUGUCAACGGACACCCUACUCAGGCGUUGGUGACCUUUGUCAACAAUGAAGAAUCUGCUGUGACCGUGAACUUCAUUGGUGGCACUCUGUCGACCCUGGAUGAGGAGCAGAGCCAGCUGGUCCGCAACUUGACUGCGACUCGCUACAGCGUGGAAAUCCCCGCUGGCGAGAAGGAGAGUCUGAGCUACAGCUUCGCCACUGAAAUGCACCCCCAGGAUCUGAGACUGUCUCUCGCCACUGUUAUUUCUGACGAGGAGGGCCGAUUUUUCACCGUCUAUGCCUACAAUGGAACCGUGAGCGUGGUGGAACCCGAGACCAGCAUCUUUGAUCCCCAGAUCAUCUUCUUGUACUUCUUCCUACUAGCCUGCUUUACUGGUGUUGUCUACUUCUUCUACACUGUUUGGAUCGCGCCUUAUUUCCCCCAGAAGCGCAAGUCUGGAAAGCCUGCCGAAUUCUCAAAGAAGGCCUCGAGUGCGGCGAAGAAGCCUGAACCCGCUGUUGAAAGCCCUGCUGUCUCUUCCGCCACCACCUACAACGCCGAGUGGAUCCCCGCUCACCACAUUCAGCGCCCUGAGGCAAGGAAGGUCAAGGGCACCACGCGCUCCAAGAGCCGUACUUAAGCCGGUCGAUGCAGUUAUAUCGCCGGGUAUCGGCUUGCGAGAGGAUCUCCCAUAGG